GUUGAAACAAGAGAAGAUGAAGAGCAAAACAUCAAGCUGACCGAAAUUUUGGAACUGUUGGUAGCUGCUGGGUAUUUUCGAGCCAGAAUCAAGGGGUUGUCUCCCUUUGACAAGGUGGUAGGUGGCAUGACGUGGUGUAUCACUACCUGCAGCUUUGACAUCGACGUUGAUUUGUUGUUUCAGGAAAACUCCACUAUUGGUCAAAAAAUUGCCUUAACCGAAAAAAUCGUGUCAGUAUUACCAAAAAUGAAGUGUCCUCAUCGUUUGGAACCACAUCAGAUCCAGGGCCUGGAUUUCAUUCAUAUAUUUCCUGUUGUACAGUGGCUGGUGAAACGUGCAAUAGAAACAAGGGAAGAAAUGGGAGACUAUAUCCGUUCUUACUCCAUAUCACAGUUUCAAAAAACUCAUAGGCUGCCAGAGGAUGAUGAAUUUAUGCAAAGAAAAGAGAAGGCUAUCAAAACUGUUACUGAUAUCUUUGAGAUUUACAAACCCCAGAGAAAAUAUAAACGUCAGAAGGGAGCUGAAGAGCUGCUGGAUGAGGAGUCAAAGGUUCAUGCUACACUCCUGGAAUAUGGCAGGAGAUAUGGAUUUAGCAGACAAGCAGGAAAAACAGAACAGGCUGAAGAUAAAAAAGUUGUGCUGCCUGCAGGGCUAGCAGCAGGAGGAAAAGCUGAGCCUUGUGAUGAAGACGACCUGCAGGCUGCUGAAGAGCUUCGCAUUAAAACUCUGAUGACGGGGAUGGCUGCAAUGGCAACAGAAGAGGGCAAAUUGACAGCAAGUACAGUUGGCCAGAUUGUUGGACUCCAGUCAGAUGAGAUCAAGCAAGUAGUGUCAGAAUAUGCUGAAAAGCAAUCUGAGCUGUCUGCUGAGGAGCGACCAGAAAGGCUUGGAGCUGCCCAACAACACAGAAGGAAGGUGGCAUCUCUGAAUAAGCAGAUCUUGCAAAAAACCAAACUCCUGGAAGAGUUGCAAGCUAAAUGUACUGAUCUGCAGACAAAAUGUGCAGAAGCAAAAAAGACAUUAACUGAGGUUAAGAGUUACAGUGAAAAGCUGGACAAGGAAUUGGCAGCCUUAGAAACAAUAGAAUCUCAAGCAGAUUCUAGCAUGUUACAGAGUCUGCGAGCACUGGUGGCCAUGAAUGAAAAUCUAAAAAGCCAGGAGCAAGAGUUCAAAGCACAUUGUAGGGAAGAAAUGGAGAGGCUUCAACAAAAUAUUGAGAAUUUGAAAGCUGAGGCAGUGGAAAAUGGGGAAGAACAGGAGGCGAAUAAGAUUAUAGAACAGCAGUACAAAAGUGAGAAAGAGAAACUUCAAAAGAUCCGUCUGUUAUUGGCACGAAGAAACAGAGAAAUAGCCAUUUUACAACGCAAGAUUGAUGAAGUACCCAGCCGAGCUGAGCUAACACAGUAUCAGAAGAGAUUUAUUGAACUUUACAGUCAGGUCUCAGCAACUCACAAAGAAACGAAGCAGUUCUUUACUCUUUAUAAUACACUGGAUGAUAAGAAAGUAUAUUUGGAAAAGGAGGUUAACUUACUGAAUUCUAUUCAUGACAACUUUCAUCAAGCAAUGGCAUCUUCGGGCUCUCGUGACCAGUUUUUACGGCAGAUGGAGCAGAUUGUAGAAGGCAUCAAACAGAAUCGAAUGAAGAUGGAAAAGAAGAAACAAGAAAACAAAAUGCGAAGAGACCAGUUGAAUGAUGAAUACUUGGAGCUUCUAGAGAAACAGAGGCUUUACUUUAAAACAGUGAAAGAAUUUAAAGAGGAAUGCAGGAAGAACGACAAGCUGAAAGCCAGUUCUUCCUGAAGAACUCCAGCUGCUGAAGUUCACAGAUGAUUGUUCAGUCCAUUGAACCUCUUUUGUGAGGUGACAGUUACAACUGCAAUGUAGAUAUAUAUAUAGAUACAGCUGUGUGUAUACAUUUAUAUAUGUAAAAGUCUGGGGUUUUCCAGUAUGUAUUCAGUUUUACAUCCUUUCAUCACAUGGCUGUAUUACCCAUUAUUGCCUCCAUGACACAGUAAAGAGUUCACACAGUACAGCAAAACAGAAAUACUGUCUAAUUUUAUUUAUUUGGGUUUAGUAUGUUUUCCACAGUAAGGACAAAGGGGUUGUUUUUCACUUGGGUUUUAACACUGAAUUAGGUCAAGAUUUGGAGUAAGCAGAAACAUACUGUGUAAUAAGUCUAGUACCACAAGAUGAACACUGCAGAAUGCAGUGGUUUGUUAAUUUUGGCCAAAAAAGCCCACAGAAUGAGAUUCUUGAAACUAUCUUCACCAGCUAAUAACUUCAUAUUAUUUUAAUUUACACUCUAGCCAUAGAUAAGAUUCCAAAGGAUAAAAAUUAAUUUCUAAUGGUUAAGACAUAAGAAAAUGGAAGCUUACCUUGGAUAAUUCCUGGUGUAAAAUUAUAGGUCUAUAUUUUUAUAAAGUCUAGCUGUUGUAUAAAUUUCUUUGAAAUUUCCUUUUUAUAUAUAGAGAGUGUGCUUAUUAAAUUAAUAGCUCCAGGAAAAAAAAAAAAAAAAAACACCUUAAUCACUAGGACCAUCAUGUUAUCCCUGGCUGGGAUGAAAAUCAAAGUCAUGUCACCUGUAAUGUAGGAAGAUAAAGGAUCAGACAUUCUGCUCAAAUGAACUGAUGCUCACCUUGAAGACGACAACCUCAUGUACUGUGCUGAAGAUUUGCCCUUGAAAGUUUAGAAACUUUGUGGAACACUUUCUGAAACAUUUUUAUAUCUGUAUAUACAGUAUUUUAUAAUUCAAACAGUUGCUUUUUGUACUUAACAUCAGGAUUUUGGACUGACCUCGAGAAGAAAGACUGCUCUCUUUUCCCAGUAACACUGAUGACAGUGCUGUUCGGUUACUUUCUAUGGCAGUGAAUAUAAAAUAAAGAAUGUUUGGAAUCCA